UUGCUGCAGGCCGCAGCCGUUAGUACUUGUGGGAAGUCCGGACUUUACCGAGUCAGCAUCGUGGUCACGUCACUACCUUUUGUAAUUGUACACUUUCCGGGAAUACCCUGAACGCAUCACAAUCAGACAGCACAAAGUCCAACAGGCAGAGGAGAGAAGAGCGACCGCAGUGUAACAGAAGUGAAAGUGACACAGGCGAGCUAACGCUGAAAAAAAAAAAAACCCAAGACGUUGAACCACUUUGUUUUAGGUGGAACAUUCAGCAAAGGUUUGAAACUAGAGAGCUGGUAUGCUGUAUUUCCUGUUUUUAAAGUUGACUCGAGUCGCACUAUAAAUGUACUGGAUCCGGUGACAGCUUCGACACAAAUACAGCAAGAGACGCAACAGACAUGGAGAAUGGGAAGACCCGCUUGCAGCAGGCCCAGGAGGAGGUGGAGGAGGUGAGGGUCAUCAUGUUGGACAACCUGAACAAGGCUGAUGAGAGAUCUGGAAAACUGGGCGAACUGGAGGAUAGGGCUGAUGAUCUCCAUGCAAAGAGUAAACAAUUUGAAAAGACUGCCAACCAGGUGAAGCAAAAGAAAAUGUGGGAGAACAAGAAGAUGAAAGUGAUGUUCAUUGCCAUCGGCGUGGUAGCAGCACUCGUCAUUGUUGGACUUAUAAUCGCAGCUAUUGUAGGAUGGUAGCUCCUUUGCUUGUGGACUGGACUGUGGGACAUGUGGACAAAGAUAAAAGGUCCAGGAAAAGAAGAGUGCAAACUGUGGGACUCUAACCUGAACCGCUUAGUCUGUGAUUUCUGUGUUUAACAAUAUUUAUGGGAGUAUCGGUCCCACCAUUCGUUAGUGUAAGUCUUCAGUUAAUAUGGUACCAUUGAUUGCUCGGUUGCUUUGCUGCUUUUUUAAAUAACUUUUCAAAGGUCAUGUCUCUGUCAGGCCCACAUUGGAAGGACACACAGAUCUUAGAUCUUAGAAUUAGAUCUAAAUAAAACGUGCUCUGGCACUACCCCACCCAAACAAUGAAUAACUAGUAUUUUAACCAAACAUUAUUGGGCUGCUAUAUUUGUACUAUUUGUUUGUACACUGUGGUUUAUGUUCAGAGGAACAGAUAGCUGCCAUCAGUAGAUGUUUUACUGAGGAAUGAAUUUAUUUCACCAUCUAUUCAAGAGAUUAUUUCAGUCAACUCAGUUAACUGAGUAAGAAGACAGAAGAAACCUGAACAGGUGUCAAAACUGGUUAAUAUAUAUAGCUUCAGAUAGCUUGAAAUUGGAAAAAAUUAACUUUUGUAUUGUCACAUAAAAUGUAAUCCGUGAAAAGUAAAAUGCCUAUAUCAUUAAAAUGGGUUUAAUGUGCAAAA